AUGACUACACUUCAAAGUCAGGGUGGAAAAGCUUCUGCUUUCAAGAGAUGGGGUAGAAAAGGCCCUUUUCUUAGAUAUGGUCUGCCCAUGAUCUCUCUUACUGUUUUUGGUGCUCUUGGCCUUGGCCAUCUUUUGCAGGGCAGCAAGGACAUUGCAAGGGUAAAAGAUGAUAAGGAAUGGGAAAUAAUUGAAGCCAGAAAAACACUGUUUAGAACAGGACCAGUAAAUGCAUAUAAGCCAAAAAAGAUUUCAUUGGAGGAUGAACUUAAGGAUUUGCAACAAAAGGUAGACAUUAAUGACUACGAGUACAAGACUAUUCCUAAACCAAAUGAAGACAGGCGGAUCUAG